UGGAGUAAUAUUUUAUCUCACGCCAUUCAUGAUCACAUUUAUCCUCCUUUUGCACAUAUAUUAAACUUGUAGAUCAUAUACUACUAUUUUGGGGCAAUUCUCUGUCGCAUAAGAUGAAAUUGGAUGUGAGAAUCGAGAGCACAAAAACAGUUCAGCCAAUUUACGAUGAUAAUCAUUCUCAUUCAUCAACCUUCCACUUGAUUCCUCUGAGUGUAUUUGAUAAGUACACCUACAACACCCAUGCUGCUAGGAUUUUCGGCUAUCACCCACCAACACCACCAAAUGCCACCAUUGAGUACGGUCUCACAAGAGUCUUAUCAGAGUACAGAGUUUUCGCAGGAAGAUUCGGAGAAGACGAGAAUGGCGAUCCGGUCAUUGUUCUGAGUGACAAAGGAGUGAAGCUAGUGGAAGCAUUCGUGGACUGUAUGCUUGAUCAGGUGCCUAUGGUGCCAUCUCCUGCUCUUUGUGGCCUAUAUCCUAGCUUGAACGGGGUAGAUGAUGAGCUAGUGGCGGUUCAGCUCACAAGAUUCACUUGUGGAUCUUUGGUCGUUGGAAUUACAGUGCAUCACUGGGUUACGGAUGGAAAUGCACUCUUUAAGUUCUUGGUUGAUUGGGGCAAAGUUUGUCGAGGAAUCGAGAUUAGCCCGCUUCCUUUACAUGAUCGAACCAUCUUCAAACCUAGAAAUCCUCCGCCAUUCGGGUUUGAACAUAGAGGAGUUAAGUUCAUACAAACGUUGCUUAAAGAUUGCCCCAACAAUGUAGAGAUUGUAGCCGAGAAAGUUCAUUUUACAACGGAAUUUCUUUCCAAGAUCAAAGCUAUGACCAAGCCGUAUAGCACUUAUGCUAGCUUGGUUGCUCAUCUAUGGCGAGUUUCAACAAUAGCUCGCGGACUCAACGGAUCUGAAACGAGCCAUGUUAUUGUCUCAGUCAAUGGCCGCACGAGAAUGACUCCGAGAGUACCCUAUGAGUACAUUGGCAACAUGGUGUUAUGGGCAUUUCCAAGUGGAAAAAUCAAUGACAUACUGCACGAUUCAAUGCCUGAUACAGCUAAAGUCGUCCACGGCGCAAUUGCAAAUCUCAACAACAACUAUUUCCAAUCGUUCGUCGACUUUGCUACGUAUAAAUUGGGAAAAGAAGAAGUUAGUCCGAUCACAGAAUUUAGCGACAACUCUAUGCUGAGCCCGAAUUUGGAGGUGCUUAGCUGGGUGCAUUUCCCGAUUCAUGAUGUUGAUUUUGGAGGAGGUAGUCCUUUUAUGAUGUUGCCAUCUUAUGCUCCAAUGGAGGGAAUGAUCUAUCUUUUGCCAACAGCUGCAAAGGAUGGAAGCAUUGAUGCCUUAAUUUUUCUUUUCGAAAAUAAUUUGUCGAAGUUUAAGCAGAUUGUCUAUUCGCUAGACUACAGCGGGAGUCCUCUCUAGCCGAUCAGAUUAUAAUGUUUUAUAAUGUUCGUGUUUUGAUUUGCUUUCUUACUCUUCAUGCUAAUGCUAAUGCUAAUGCUACUGCUACUGCUACUGUUUUUAGUAUAUUGCAUGCCCAUUCUAUUAAAUAAAGGAGUUUUUUUGGUUGAUAA